AUGGGGCCCAAAGAGGCAGAUGCCAGCCCCGGCCAAGGCGCCGUCACGGUGAGCACGGAGGCCUGGACGGCGCUGCGCCAGGAGAGGGGUCAGCGGGAGCGGCACAUCAAGGCGCUACACGCCCAGGUGAGCUCCGCACAGACGCAGCUGCAGCAUCAGGAGGAGGUGAAGGCGAAGCUAAGGGAGCUUCGGCAGCAAGCGCUGGAGGCGAGGCAGAGAGGCCAGGAGUUCCUGGAAACCCUACGCAUGGCCACCGAGGAGAUACGCAUGAUCUCUGGCGAGGCAGCGCAGCAAGGAGCAGGCGAGGAGCCAUCCGCGCCGCCGAUCGCGCCCGAGCCAGAGCCCGCGACUGAGCACCCGCAGCCACAAGUGGCGUCAGGGGUGGACGAAGAUGGUCUCAUCGAGUGGCGGCGCCUGCUGAGCGAGCGGGAGACCACCGCCCGGGAGCUCGCGGCCACGCUGCAGCAGGUGGAGGAGAUGGAGCGGGAGGUGGAGGACCGGCGCAUCGAGCUGGACAUCGCCCAGCGGCGCCGGGACCGCGAGCGCCGCAGCUUGCUCACGGCGUUGCGGGAGCUGGGCUACUGGCAAGGGUCUUUUGUCAUUGCAUUGCUUGCCUCGAUAUGA